AUGAGGAUGUGUGACAGAGGCGUCCAGAUGCUCAUCACCACGGUGGGAGCCUUCGCAGCCUUCAGCCUGAUGACCAUCGCCGUGGGCACCGACUACUGGCUCUACUCGCGCGGCGUGUGCAGGACUAAGUCCACGAGCGACAACGACACGAGCCGCAAGAACGAGGAGGUGAUGACCCACUCGGGGCUCUGGAGGACGUGCUGCCUGGAAGGAACCUUCCGAGGAGUGUGCAAGAAAAUCGACCACUUCCCCGAGGAUGCGGAUUAUGAGCAAGACACGGCCGAGUAUCUCCUCCGUGCGGUGAGAGCGUCCAGCAUCUUCCCCAUCCUCAGUGUGGGUCUGCUGUUCUUCGGGGGCCUGUGUGUGGCAGCCAGCGAGUUCUACAAGAGCAAACACAACGUCAUCCUCAGCGCCGGCAUCUUCUUCGUCUCUGCAGGUCUCAGCAACAUCAUCGGGAUUAUAGUCUACAUCUCGGCCAACGCGGGGGACCCAGGGCAGAGCGACUCCAAGAAGAGCUACUCCUACGGCUGGUCCUUCUACUUCGGAGCCCUGUCCUUCAUCAUCGCCGAGAUGGUGGGGGUGAUCGCCGUGCACAUGUACAUCGAGAAGCACCGCCAGAUCCGUGCCAAGUCCCACUCGGAGCUGCUGAAGAAGUCGGCCUUCACCCGCCUCCCCCCCUACAGGUACCGCUUCCGCCGGCGGUCCAGCUCCCGCUCCACCGAACCCCGGUCCCGGGACAUGUCGCCCGUCAGCAAGGGGUUCAGCACCAUCCCCUCCACCGACAUCUCCAUGUUCACCCUCUCCAGGGAUCCGUCCAAGGUCACCAUGGGGACGCUGCUCAACUCGGAGCGGGACCACGGUUUUUUACAGGUCCAUAACUCCAUCCCCAAAGAGUUCAAGGAGUCUUUGCACAACAACCCGGCCAACAGACGAACCACGCCGGUCUGA